AUGCAGACAGGGUUGCGCAUUCGCCAUACUUUCAUUAUCCGAAAGUGCGUUGGUUGCACACCCCUGGUUUUAGUUGACGACUUGCCCGCCAACGAUCCCUUCUCGACAGUACACCCCUCCUUGCGACGUGUUGUUACUGCGCCUUUAAUACCGGUGGUUAUUGAAGAAGACGAGCGUGUGUCUGAAUCGCAUUGCCCAGCGAUUGUGAAUUGCAGCUUCGCUAUCGUUCAGAGAGAGCGUUGA